CUACCGCAUCGACCUCGACCUCGACGACGUUGCAUCGACAGUCGCAUCAGCAGCAACAACAGUCGCAGCAACAGCAGCAGCAGCAACAGCAGCCGCAUCAUCAUCAUCGUCAUCAUCGAUCUAGCCGCGACGACGGGGAGCCGUGCGGACGAUGCCCGUCGUGCGGGCAAAAACGUCGAACGGAGGAGAUCUAUCUGACGAUCGAGGAUCUGGACGCGAUCGAACCCGCCCCAUUGGAGUCCCAGAGAACACCGACACAGCGAACAUGCAGCUGCGACACGGUCGGCGCUCCUCCUCCUCCUGUUGCCGUCGAGAGGGAACGCGGGGAUCUCCGAAAGUAUCGAAGCACCGACUCCAGGUGGGCCGAAGGUGGUUUUCUCUCGCCGGACGACGCGAUCUGGGACCUGAAGAAACGCACCACGGCGGAGACCGAGUUCCGUUGGGAGUUGCACACGUCGAACACCGAUCUGGAUCUCGCGAAAAAAACGAAAUGCAGCUAUCACAGUCUGACACCGGACGACAAGAAACCGCACGAGGUCCAGCGGGGCGAUCUGAGGAAGCAUCACAGCGCGGAAACGGACAAAUGGUCGGUGAAGCCGGAUUAUCUGCAGACCCCGAUGCACGAUCUACGGAAGCACAGCAGCGACGACACCAGAAUGGCCAGAGAGGCGAGGUUUCUUCAGGUGCCGGAAGUGCUUCCGAAUCCGAAGCCAAGGUGCACCUGUCCAAAAUCGAAGACUCUGUCGCCGUCGCCGCCCGCGGAACCGAAAGAGCAAAAAGAACCGGAAAAACCACCCCCCUCGCCGGCUGCUCCUCUUGCUCCCGUGAUCCAAGAACCGCCGAGGAAGUUAUACUACUCAGCUUCUCUGAACGUCGAACGUCCGGAGGAACCGGCAGCCCCGGUUGCCACGGAGAAGCCAGAAUUGAAGAAGCACGCCAGCGAAGACACCAGACUGGUGAAAGCCGAGAGGAUCCGGGAGAGACCGAAGCUGGAACGAUCGAACGCCCGUGUGGACAGUCAGACGUCGAAGAAAUGGGGCGCGAAAGAGAAGGUGGUCACCAGCCCGGUGGACGAGGCGAAGAAACCACGGCCAAAGUGGGCGAUGAAGCCGCACUUCUCGUUGCCGGUCGAGGACAAAAAGUCCCGAUGGAGAAGCCAGGACUCAGCGAAAGGUUUCAAGGCGAAGAGCCUGAAGGACCGACCGAAGUACAGCGUACGAAGAAGCCUGUCACCCGAGCCGGAUCCGCGUCAGAUCACCAAACUGGAGAACCGUAUCGUUCGUCGAUUGAUAUCCCCCGAGAUCACGAUCAUGGACGCGAAAUGGGCACCGUACGAGAACGAUUCCCCUCUGCCGACGAUAGGCGUGCGUAAACGCGAACCGAAGCACAUCAGCGAGAUCAAAUGGACGCCGUACGACGACAGUUCGCCGACAGAUGGCGGUGGCGUUGGUGGCGGUAGCUUCGCGGUACAGGAGCCGGAGGAAUCGAAAGACUGGUCACCGUUCCACAACGUGACGCCAACCCAUCAUCCACCGCCGGAAGCGACACCCUGUAGAAGAGACGUCGACGACGACGAGUUCCGUUGGCGUAUCCUGAACCAGGUGUCCGCGUUCCCAAUAUAUCAAGCUUCGCCGGUGAAACGGCAGAGGUCCCAGCAGUCCCAGCAACCACCGCCGCCGCAGCCGCAGCCGGUGCACAGGAAGAGCAUCGCGAAUCUUCGUGGACUGUCGAAGAAGAAGGCGUUCAGGGCCAGAUCGGAGAGCGGUCAGCAUCCAAUGGAACACGACAGACUGGUGCCGCCUACUGUGAUCGUACGGGCGGCCAGCGAGGAACCGAAAAGCCGUCAACGGCCGCAACUUACCAGAUCGAAGGCGUUACUCGAGGUCCCGGUCGCGCACGGGAUCACCAAGAGAUCGUUGAGCGAGGAGGUGCCACGUGCUCGGGCCCGCGAACGGCCGCGUGCCCCGAAUCGGGCGAGAAGCGAGGAGGCGCCCAAAUACGACGAUCCGUGGUUCGCGAACGACAGCCUGAACGGCGGGGGCACCGAACUGCGGGAGUACGUGACGACGGUUUAGAUAUUAUAUACAUACGA